AGUGAGGGAAGGAAGGCGUCUCAGCCAUGUUAGUUAUGGUAGUUGGAAGUAUCGCGGGAGUCCCCAGACUAAGGAGAGCGAGGCGUGUGAGGGCGAUAGACAGUCGCGGAGGAGGAGGAGGCCAUGCGGUGGCUGCGCGGCUUGUGCGCCCUGUGGCCGAGGCGGCUCCUCCGCGCGGCGCUUAAGGCUCAACACAGGCCUCUCUCGGGCUCCGUGGCGCUCGAAGCAGAUGUUAAUAGUUUUGUUUCCCGAACUAAAACAUGUGGGGAACUGCGCUCUAUUCAUAUAGGUCAAGAAGUUACCCUUUGUGGAUGGAUUCAAUAUCAGAGACAGGGGCAGUUUGUUAUUUUGAGAGACUUCCAGGGACUCACACAGAUUGUUAUACCUCAAGAUGAGGCUGCUUCUCAUGUAAAGAAAAUUUUGUGUGAUGUUCCUGUUGAAUCUGUCGUGAAAGUGACUGGGACUGUGAUGUCCCGGCCUCCAGGACAGACAAAUCCCAACAUGCCAACGGGUGAUAUAGAAGUGAAAGUGGAAACAGCAGAGGUCCUAAAUUCCUGUAAGAAACUACCCUUUGAAAUGAAGGACUUCACCAAGAAAACUGAGGCUUUGCGAAUGCAGUAUCGCUAUUUGGAUAUUCGUAGUGCCCAGAUGCAAUACAAUCUACGGCUGAGAUCCCAGAUGGUGAUGAAAAUGAGAGAAUAUCUCUGCAACUAUUAUGGGUUUGUAGAUGUGGAAACUCCAACAUUGUUUAAGAAGACUCCAGGGGGUGCAAAAGAAUUUGUGGUGCCUUCACGGGAGGCUGGGAAAUUUUAUUCAUUGCCUCAGAGUCCUCAACAGUUUAAGCAGCUGCUGAUGGUUGGUGGUCUGGACAGGUAUUUCCAAGUUGCCCGCUGCUAUCGAGAUGAAGGUUCAAAGCCAGACAGACAGCCUGAAUUUACUCAGGUUGAUAUUGAGAUGUCAUUUGUAGACCAACCUGGGAUUCAAGCUUUAGUAGAAGGAUUGCUCCAGUAUUCCUGGCCUCUGGAAAAGGGGCCCCUCGAUACACCUUUCCCUUCAAUUAGCUAUAAUGAGGCACUGUCUGUCUAUGGGACUGAUAAACCAGACACUCGUUUUGCAAUGAAGAUUACUGAUGUCAGUGAUGUACUCAGGAAGGUGCAAAUUGAAUUUUUAGAGAACUACCUCAGUGAACCCCAGGGCACCAUCAGAGCCAUUUGCAUACCCCAAGGAGUGAAAUACCUACAUGAUAAAGACUUGUCAAGGUUAAAUGAAAUGACAAAAUCCCAGUUUAACCAGGCAUUAUUGCCCUUGAUUUUGAGGCCUGAUGGGAGAUUGAAGUCUCGACUUGCUAAAUUCCUGAAUGAGAGUCAAAAAUUGGAGCUCCUCCAAGCAGUUCAGGCCAAUGUGGAUGAUGUGGUGGUGCUGGCAGCUGGAGAACAGGAGAAGGUGUGCUUGACAUUAGGGAAAGUGCGGCUGGAGAUUGCUGAUCUGCUGGAAGCGAGAGGCCUGCCACUCCGGAAACCUUCUGCCUUUCACUUUUUGUGGGUUGUAGAUUUCCCCCUUUUUCUCCCGAAAGAAGAUAGCCCUUCAGAACUUGAGUCUGCUCACCAUCCUUUCACUGCCCCUCACCCCUGUGAUGAACAUCUUCUCUACACAGAGCCUUCAAAGGUGCGUGGUCAGCACUAUGAUUUAGUCCUAAAUGGUAGUGAGAUUGGAGGUGGCUCCAUUCGAAUUCACAAUGCAAAGCAGCAAUGCUUCAUCCUUGAGAAAGUGUUGAAGGAGGACACAAAACCGCUUGCUCAUCUUCUUGAAGCUCUAGAUAGUGGAGCACCGCCUCAUGGUGGAAUUGCAUUAGGGCUUGAUAGACUGAUCUGCCUCAUAGUUGGAGCUGGAAGUAUUCGAGAUGUUAUUGCUUUCCCCAAAUCCUUCAAGGGAAGAGACUUGAUGAGCAAUGCUCCAGAUCACGUUAGUCCAGAGGAACUUAAGCCGUACCAUAUUCAGGUUACAUGGCCUUCAACUCAAGCUCAGGAAUGACAAUAGCCUAGUGGAUAUCUAUAACUGGUGGAAAGAUGGAUUUAUCCUAUUUAUUACUAGACCACUAAUGCACCUUCUUUGAUUAACUGUGCUCUCCCCUCCUACCCAUCACUCCCUAAAGAAGGAAGAAAUGUAUUUUCUCAAAAACAUUGGUUUGCAUAAAGUUGCAAUCUGUUGUAGAAACUAAAUCGUGUAUAUAUAUGGAGUCUUCCAAGAAUUGAACUGACGUUUGCUUUACUGGAUGAUCAUGAUUAAAGCCUAAACUAUGUUGCCUAUGAUAAAUUAAAACUUGAGACAAAUGAAAAGCAUCACAAGUAGUUGCCUGGACUACCAAUUCUAUU